UCAGUUUUUCUUAUCGCUUUUACUUUUUCUUGUGUGGCGUGCAAAGGCCUUGCGAGGCUACAAAUUGGAGCGCCCAUUCUUUGUAAUCUGUGGGAGGCGUAGCAUUCAGAAUUACCCCUGCCUUGAAGAAGAAGAAGAAUUAAAACCAGCCAGCUACUCGCCGUCUGGUAUUUUAAUUCAACUUCUUCUUCCAAUUUGAGAUUGAGAUUGAGAUCGCGUUGUGCAGUGCGUGUGAUUCAAGAUUAGAUCGAUAGGAAGGAAGAAUCUAUCUUGAGCUUGCAACUCUUUGACCUUACUCAAAAUAUUAUUAGAUUAGAUUAGAUUAGCCGUGUUUGUUAGCACCUGCCAAAGCCUUUUGUUUGUUUUUUCACUGAUUUUCCUCCCCUUUUAUUUAAAUUCGGGUUCCUUAGCUUGCUGCGUGCGGUAAGCCUUGGGCCGCUUGCUUUCUGUGCUUUUCCGCGUACAUAUUUUCAGUCCUGCUGUUGUUGUUGGUCGUGAUAAGAAUGAGGCUCCAGGUUCCAACCCCUGUAGUCAUGGAGACUGAGGAUUAUUUGAAGGAAAAAGAAGAAAAUGAAGUGAGUCAGGAUAUGUGGAGUUUGAUGAAACCAGAGCCCCGGGGCGAUGCUUUUGCUUCGCUUCUGGCAGGCGAUGGCGGAAAAGAUUAUAAAUUUGAUGCAAAGUUUGCUGCCCCUUGGGAUUUGGUGGCUCCCAAGCCUUAUGUUCCUCUUGCCAGAAGCCGCAGCUCGUUGAGUAAUGACAGUCUUCAGCUUUGUACCGAAGGUCUCGGAUGCGAGAGCUGCGACUGCUUGUCUGAAAUUGCGGACAAAAAUUUGCCUCAAGAUGAGGAGAUCGAAGUCCCCUUCGAGGAAGAGGAAAAUGAAGAGGAAGAGGAAGAGGAAGUUGAAGAACUUGAAGAGAAGAAUCAUCCUGCAAGAUCAUUUCCACCGCCUCUUCAUUCACUUUGCGCCAGCAGCGCAGCACACUUGCGAUCUUUCAAGAAAGACGGCCGUUUCGUGUUGCAGUCUGUAAAGGCACCGUUGCUGAAUUUUCUGCACUCGCAUCGUGAAGGCGGCCGUCUUCAAAUGCAUCUCGUCAGCACAACGGAAGAUGACGAUCUUGCCCUGCCUUUGGUACCAAAGCCUCAGAAUGGAGUGCUUCCAGAAGAAGAUAUAGAAGGAGGAUUUGGCGAGGAUCAAGCACCGCAAAUCUUUUCGAAUCCUGUAUCGUCCGAUAUUCCAGCAGUCCAUCAAUCGAAGCCGCUUCCGGAGCCGGAGGAUUCCUCAGGCAAUCAUUGCGAUUCCAGCAUGGAAUGCAACAAAAGUACCGCCCUGGAAUUCAAAGUCACCUGCAACAGGCCGCCGGAGAAAUGCAAAGCCGUCGACAACGAAUCUUCAAAUGGAAAGCGCGAGAUUCAGGAGGGCAAAUCUUCUCCAAAACAUUCUGCAUCCUGUCAAAAUAUUUAUAGCGGCUGGAGGACCGAGAUAGCGGAGCAAAACAGUGCUGUCUUUUGCCAAAACUGGCAGAAAGCACAGGGUUUGCCAAAUUAUCCUCUAUACAAACUCAAAUAUUUGGAAGCCGUUAGCAUGAUCAAUGUCCAUGUCAAUAAUGUUAAUGAUCAUGCGCAGUUUGCGAAGUUCCGGGUGACCGAUCUGGGAUUGGGAAGGUGUCAUGACGCAAAUUCCUUGUGCGUCUGGGGAAAAUAUCCGUGCAUCGCUACCAGCUCGUAGGGAAAACUGUAUUCGCAGACUCCUGUCGGAAAUUCCGAGGGUACUGUCUCGUCUGACAGAGAGGGGAAGGUGAUUAUUUGAGCUGCUUUUCUGCAUCAUCUGGCAAAUAAUUUCAGUGAUUCCACGGUGCAGGCAGUGGUGACUGGCAUUCCUAUAUUAAUUCAUGUUUUUGUUAAUAUUACUACUACUCCGCUUAAUGCAA